AUGAAUACCCCGGAAUUGCCCCCCAAAGCCACGCACGAUGCUGUGCCAAAUACUACUGGGGAUGAUUUACGAUUGCCCGAAAACUGCAGCCUUCUUCCUGCUAAGGUGAUCGAGCAAAUGGUCUCAGAUCAUCGAGAGUAUUUAAGAGACUAUGUGAUGCGCUUUGAAGACUGCAAAGACGUUUUAGAAGAGACUUCGGAGCUCAAAAAAGAAUUGUUGUUGCUGCUGGAACAAUUUGAAAAUACCGAGGAGCGUCGUGAGCGCUUUAGAGCUAAGCUCAGCGACCUAGACAGCCUGGAAAAGAAGUAUGAGACUAGCUGGGCCAAGCUGAACACGCUAAUGAAUUCAACGUAUAGCAACCCGGCGUUGACUAGGAGAAUGCAGAAAGAACUACAGAAACUGGAGUCGCAAGCGACUGCUUUGGAAUCGGACCGUGGCUUGGACAUUGACGAGUUCAUCAAAAAACAUCUGGAGCUAAGACAACAGUAUCAUACCAAGAAAGAGAUAUUGCUUGUAUGGAAGCAGAGCUGA